AUGUCAGCCUCGCCCGCCAGCAACGGGGUGUUUGUCGUUAUCCCCCCGAACAAUACCAGUGGCCUGCGCCCACCGCCAGCCAUCCUGCCCACCUCCAUGUGCCAGCCUCCAGGGAUCAUGCAAUUCGAGGAGCCGCCCCUAGGGGCGCCGACGUCCAGGACCAGCCAGCACCCCGACCUGAGGCCCAUGGAGACCUUCCUGACCGGAGAACCCAAAGCAUUAGGGACGGUGCAGAUUCUCAUAGGCCUCAUCCAUCUGGGCUUCGGCAGCGUCCUGCUCCUGGUGCGCCGCGGACACGUGGCCAUGCUCUUCAUCCAGGGUGGUGUCCCCUUCUGGGGAGGAGCCUGCUUCAUCAUCUCGGGAUCCCUGUCUGUGGCAGCCGAGAGGAACCAUACCAGCUGCCUGGUGAGGACCAACCUGGGCACCAACAUCCUCAGUGCCAUGGCAGCCUUUGCUGGGACGGCUAUUCUGCUUAUGGAUUUUGGAGUCACUAAUUGGGAUGUGGGUAGGGGCUAUCUGGCAGUUCUGACCAUCUUCACCAUCCUGGAAUUCUUCAUCGCGGUCAUCGCCACCCAUUUUGGGUGCCAAGCUAUCCGUGCACAAGCCAACACACCGGUGAUUUUCCUGCCAAAUGCCUUCAGCACAGACUUCAGCAUCCCCAGCCCCACGGCCUCCCCACCGCCCGCCUAUGACAACGUGGCCUACGCCCAAGGAGUCGUCCGACUAGUCACUAGAUGGUCACUCCACUGGGGGCAGCUGGAGUCCUGGACCCAGCAUCUCCCUCCUUUAAUCUGGGAACACCGACCAGACCCCACAAAUCGCUCCCUGUGA